CGAGCCUCUUUAUCGACGUUUCAAGCUCAAUAUCUGAAUCUUGUGCGUUGUUGGUCUCUAAAAGCAGUUUAUUGGCGAGUUCGCCAGCAUUGAAACUCUUGGAGAGAUAGUCUCCAUAUUCUGACAAAUUGCUGCUUUCCAUAGUAGCAAGCGAUCUAGCACUCGUCCUAUAUUCAACCACCCCAACCGCCGAGGCAGGACAUCACCAACAACCAUCUCGUUGAUAUCUGGCACGAGCAAGUUCAAGAUCAACUUGGCAACAGCUUACGUAACAAGCCCACCUCUAACAAAAAAAAGUUUUCCAGUUGACCAUUUCGGCUUAUUGACAUCUCUGAAUAGAGAGGUUCGGAUGAAUUGAAUCACAGAGAGAAGAGAGAAUACAAAAGCUAAUCACUUGCCGAUAUCUUCCACAAAAUGGGAUUUAGCUUUGGCUUUACAGAAGAUAUUGAAGAGGAGCCACAGGGGGGUCAGCAAAACGGAAAUGGUGUUCCUGCACAGUUUGUAAAUCCAAUAGAUAACGCUUCCGAGCUCCAAAGCCCGAAGUUGUACACUUUGCAAGACCUUCAGCGUUUGUCUUUUGCCGAAACUCGAAUAACCUACGAGCCGGUCGAGCUCUACCCUGGCCGGACACUGUACAGAAGAGAGUUGUUUGACGUGAGGCACCAGUUGAUGAUGGAGGACAGCACUCUAGGUAAAAAGGAAGAUGGAGUCAGCGCCGAAGAGUUCAACAUUCUCAUGGGAGAAACCGGGGAGGACCUAAAGAACGGGGUAUACGAGGGUGGUUUGAAAAGCUGGGAGUGUUCCUUCGACAUGAUAGCCAAAUUAAAAGACCUACAGAUAGUCGAGAGGCUUCUUCAAAACGGUCAGAAGUUCAAUGUGGUUGAACUUGGAUGCGGCACUUCUUUGCCCACGCUGUACAUCUUGAGCCUGAUCUUCUCCACUCAAGCUACGCAGCACCAGCCCAUCUCUGUUGUCUUGAGUGAUUUCAACUACGACGUCCUCAGACUAGUCACUCUACCAAACAUACUGAUCAACUGGUGUUUCUGUGCGCUGAAUCCGGACGAACUACGGUUGCUGCAACAAAGAGAUGAUGUGGAGGGGAACAUCCGGGACGGAGAGAUUGACAUCACGAAGGCAGUAGUCGCAAGGUUCAACCAGUGGAUGCAGCAGAACCAGGUAACCAUUAGCUUCAUCUCAGGCUCCUGGUGCCGCUCCUUCAUGAAUAUUCUCAACGAAACACUUCCGCAGAUGAAGACCGAAACCAACAUUGUGCUCACCAGUGAAACUAUCUACUCUCCAGCCAUCUUACCAGUGGUGGGUGAGAUGAUGGUGGAGCUCGCUGGCGGAGAAGGAGCAGCGCACGACGACAGCGUUACACUUUUGGGCGCCAAGGACAUUUAUUUCGGGGUCGGAGGUAGCAUUGUUGAUUGCCGUCAGUACCUGCAGUCCAGGGGGGCACAUGUAGAGACCACAUCUGCUGCUGGCAACUUCAAACGCAGUGUACUUUCCAUCUCCAUAUAGAAAACCACGUAGACCGUCCGUGUACGCUAAGUAGAGUAUAGAGCAGGAAAUAAUUUGGUGAAACAUCGAUGUGCCGCGUCGAGGC